AUGCCAGGCGUGGAAAUGAUGGGGUCAUCGGAGGAUUUGCAAGCAUUCGAACAGCCACCUUCAAGGUCUCACAAGACGCUCACUCGGCGGGGUGAAAUCACUUCUAGCAUCGAAGUCAUCCAACCGGUCUCUCCGGAUCAAACUGAUCAAAAUGGGAGACAUGCCACGACGCCGUCGCUUCCCUUGACACCCCCGGGUGUAGGUCAUGAAGAACUCGUGGUAGACGAACGAACACCUCAGAAGACGAAAACUUCUUUGCCAGACAUGCCAACAUCUAGGGUAUUGACCCCUCGCCAACCCUCCAAGCCUCCAACCCCGGAUGUGACGCCUCCUCGAACGAACUCAAACAAGCGACCUUACUUGAACCAGAGCAGUUGUUUCUCCUCGUCGUCUCGAACCGAUUCAUUUCAAACGGCCUUGGAGAAUAUCUCAUUGAAAGAAGAUACGGACAUCCCGGUUCGUACGUCCCAGACCGCAACCCAGGCCCCCAAACAAAGUAGGCAACCAUCAAAGCCGCCGACUUUAAAUGGACAACUUCCACAAACUUCAAAUAUAAAACAUUCUCCGCCGUCCUUUUUCCAACGGCAUGGCGAAACUGAAGGCGACGCUGGCUUCGAGUUUUUUGAUGGGCAUUGGGCCGCAAACCCGAUUGAUGGGUCCCUAACACCGUUAGCUGGAAAGCAAAAGUCUGCACAGAACCACAUUCAGCUAGUCUAUGACCCAACCCCUCAAAGAGAUGUGCUGGAUGUAGAGCACAUAGAUGCCUCUUUGAUGAGGGAAAAAAGUCUGCAGGACAGUGCCAACAGUGCGCAUGAAGUCAAAGCAGACCCCUCAAUGGAACAGCUCCGUGAGAAAAUUGGGUCGUCAUCACUGGAGAGCCUAGCAGGACACAGUGAAACAGACGCCCGUCCUUUGUCAAUCAUCUCUUCAACAUCUACCGUUGAGGCUAUGAUAAUCGAUUCUCCCAAACGGGCCCAGCCAAUGCUCCGGCAUACCGAAAAGAAUAGCUCUCUGCGGUCUGCCAGAUCUCCCAUCACCAUACCUGAGUGUACAACUUAUGGCUCCAUCCAUGAAUCCCAACACCGCCUGAUUCACAAGGCAGCUCGCAUUUCUGAUCAGGAUGUUCGAAGCGGUACAUCCGAGAUGUCGUUCUCGGCCAAGACUAGCAACAAUGCAAUACAGUCCGGUAUCGAAACUAUCAACGUGGUUGUCAUACCAGAGAGAAAUUCAUCUCUCACGUCCCAUCCUAAUAGUCAUGCUUCUUCCCAACUGGGUUCUCACCGAUCAAGCCGUCGUCCCCCGAUAUCAUCAACGAGCCACUCAGAUAUCCCAGGGCAGAAGAAACACACCGUCCCUGAUUCAGUGUCGACUCGGUCUCGCGAGGUCGAUUUCAGGGGUUGUGCCAAAGGGCCGCCUGUUAUUCCUCCCCGGGCCUCAUCGCUUUCUGCGCCGACGAGUCUGAACAAUUCUUGCGCAACUUCUCUUACUUCCAAUAGUUUGCGAAGUCGCCCCACGGAACGUCCUAGUAUACUAGGCCGAGGCUCGACACUUUCUGCGUCAACGAGUCGGAACAAUUCUUGUGCAACUUCCCUUACUUCUGACAGUCUACAAAGCCAUGACUUAGCCAAUGACCUCGAGACGCAAAAGGGUCGUCAGAAUCAGCCUAUAUCCUUGCCUCGUCGCCAAGGUUUGGCUUCGCCCAACAGCCGUGCCCUCCUCGAGGCUCCCAAUAUGCACGCCGUCUUUGCUAGCCCCGAUGAUAUGGCAACCCUGCGUCCUCCAUCUUUGCCUUUCACCCAAGGUUCCAUUCCAUCGUCUUCGCCGGGGCCUAUCGAAAUUCAAGAGGCUACAGCCGUCAGCCUGACCACACACAACAAUCAUUCCCUGCUUCUUGUUGACCCUCGUGUGGAAGCCUCCCCGAGGCGCCCUUUGCAAGCUCUUGGGACUUCUUGUGAUCUUCCCCAACCCCCUCGUACACCCGACAAUCCAUUGCAGACAGCGACGUUCAAUUUCGACUCGCCUUUGGAGAACCCGCGUCCUCCCCCAAAGCCCCCAUCCGCCAGACCUCUUCCCCCACUUCCGUUACAUGACGCCCAAGAUGAAAGCAAAGGCCGCGGUCGACGAAGGAAUUCCGUCCGUCGUACGUGGAGCACACAACCUGGCUCGGAUUCCUUUAAUGCUAUAGCGCGGUCACUCUCCAUGAAAUCCGCCAAGAACCGAACCGCAGGUAUGGAUAUAGACAGUCGUCUUUAUCCGUUCUGGCGGCCCCGCCCAUUCUGGGAAGGCAUAUCCGGAUCCCCAGAGAAAGAGCGCUCGCCGACGCGGGAAGAUUUAGCGCGCCGCGAUGAAUCCUUGAUUGUGAAAAACUCUCUGGGCAUGCCCCACCGGCGCAUCAUCUUCGACGGUCCGCCUGCUUUGGCGCGCCGCAGCCCAGAAAUGAAACGAUUGCUCAAUGAAAUGACUAGCAACGGUAGCUUGGUUGAUCACGGCAUUUUCCGAACAGGAUCGCCAUUAAAUUCGACUCGCUUCCAGUCUCUCUCUCGCUGGGGACUGCGGCGCCAGUCAAUGCCAUGGCGCAUUUUGCGGAAUCGCAUACGGCGUGUGCGCCUGCGACGAGACGAGAGAAAACGGGCUAUCCGGAGGGAACUCCUCAAGCGGAGUAUCGGUGGCCCGGUCUACGUGGCAUCUAGUGUUACAGCUGAGGUGGCCAUGAGAUAA